AAAAAAAAAAAAAAAAAUAGAUAUCGUGCGGUGCUGUGUUAUGCGGAGUCCAUUUUUUUGUUAUAGCCAAAAUUUCUAGUUUUAUGGUGUGCUUACGGUCGCUGUUGCUGCUGCCCCAUUCCGUUGUGCAUAUCUCUACAUAAGCACCCAGCAAUAUUUAGUUAACUCAAAAUUCACGUCCAAAAUGCUGGAAGACGACAAUUCAGAUCUGUUGGUUUGUGCCACAGAGUUUAAAGAAGAUCGCCUGUUCUUUGUGGUAUUCAAGAAGAAUAUCAAGCCAAAGAAUACGGCCAGCACACAUUACUUUAGCAUAGACGAUGAGUUUGUCUAUGAGAAUUUUUACAAUGAUUUCGGGCCACUCAAUAUAUGCAUACUGUAUCGGUAUUGCAUGAAGCUCAACAGCAAACUGAGUGCCAAGAGUCACGCGAACAAGAAAAUCGUGCACUACACCUCCAUGAAUCCGGCUAAGCGUCUCAAUGCGGCCUACCUGAUUGGUUCGUAUGCAAUAAUUUACCUGAAUAAAUCGCCCGAUGUGGCGUACAGAUUGUUAGCGGGCCCAGAGGUGCCGGCAUAUACUCGCUUCUGUGAUGCGAGCUACGGACCCAGCAACUUUAAGAUCUCGCUGCUCGACUGCCUCAAUGCCAUACAUAAGAGCCUGCAGGCGGGCUUCCUUAACUUCAAUGACUUUGAUGCGGAAGAGUAUGAGUACUUUGAGCGAGUGGAGAAUGGGGAUUUCAAUUGGAUAGUGCCGCAAAAGUUUAUCGCCUUCUGUGGACCGCACCAGAAAUCGAAAACGCUGCCCAAUGGCUAUCCGUGCCAUGCGCCAGAGCGUUACUUCACCUACUUCAGGGACAACAAUGUGACGACGGUGAUUCGGCUAAAUGCCAAAGUCUAUCAUGCCUCAUCGUUUGAGAAUGCUGGCUUCGAGCACAGGGAUUUGUUCUUUAUCGAUGGCAGCACGCCCAGCGAUACGAUACUCAAGAAAUUCUUGUCCAUCUGCGAGACGACAAAGGGUGCCAUUGCGGUGCACUGCAAGGCGGGCCUGGGACGCACCGGCAGUCUGAUCGGUGCCUACAUUAUGAAGCAUUACGGGUUUACGGCGCUGGAGGCAAUUGCCUGGCUGCGCCUCUGUCGCCCCGGCUCCGUCAUCGGUCAUCAGCAGCAGUGGAUGGAAGACAAGCAGAGCUGGCUGUGGUCAGAGGGCGAACGGAUGCGUCGGCGCUUGGCUUUGCCGAUUCUACAGCACAAGUAUGGCAUCUAUAGCAUUGAGCUGAAGGAGAAGUUGGCCAAAAACGAGCUAGAGGAGCAGAAGCCGCUGCCGCUGCCAGCAUCGGAUGCCUUCGAGCAUGUCGACUUGUUGUUGACGCGGGUGAAGCGCAUCUCACAGCGUGUGGACACAAUGCAUUUGCAUGAUCAGGACACCUUGGAUGGGGGAUGCGAUCAAACGGAUGAGGAGCUAUCCGAACAGCAGCUGGAACUGCAAGAGCUGCACUAUCAUUCCACGGACGAGGCCAAUUGCAAUGCCAGCGAUAAUGAUACGGAUACAGCCAGUGCGCCCGCUGAGCAGACACUCGGCUCUAGCUACUCGAUGUCGACGCGCCGGCGCAAAUCGCCGUCGAGUGCCAACAAGCCCACGGUAAUUGCAAAUUCGCUGCGUCGCCUGGUCAGUCCUGGGAGCAUGCGCAACACUAGCAGUGGUAAUAGCAGCGCCAUUGCCAGCAGCUUGGAGCCGGCUGGCAGCUGCACGGAGAAGAAGCUGCGCAAACCAAGCAGCAAUGUCUUUGAGGCAGCGCGCCAUACAAUUGCAUCCUCUGUGCGCAUGUCCCAGACGGCGCUCGAGAAGAAGCAGAUGCAAACGCAGGGCGACAAACUGAAUCAGAUCAAGGCGUUGCGACGACAUCAUUCGCGGGCUGUGAACUCCAACAACAGUGAUUCGGAUCCAAUCCAACGGCAUACACGCGCACGUUCUCAGCCAUUUCGCAACAACAACAAUGUGGUGAAUAUGUCAACGYCACCGCCUUUGGCUCUUAAAGCCGUUAGUUGUUUGUCUUCGACAACAGCGGCCACUGCAACAGUAACAACAGCAACGUCAUCUACAACAGCAACAACAGCAUCAUCACAUAACCUUAACAACAACAACAACAACAACAACAACGGCAACUUUAAUAUAAACAACACUUUGCAUAACUGUAACAAUAAUAGCACUAACAACAUCAACAACAACAAUAUGCAAACCAGUACGGCCAGCCGCACACGCAGUCUGGCCAUCUACAGCAAAAGAAUGGAAUUGAAGCACCUGCGCAAUGCGGAACAGGAACAACAGCCCGCUGCUGUGCUCGAUAAGCAAUUGAAAUCCUAUGCAACGAUCAAUGAAAGUAAGAUACCCAUCGGUGUUGGUGGUGUGGGUGGUGUCGGUGGUGCUGGCAGCUCGGCAACCAUACCGCCGGUACGCAGCAGCUUGACGCGCAGCUCGCUUCAUCAUAUGACGCUUAGGGGUCGCUCACGCAUACGCUAUCAACGGCCGGGGCAAGUGGCUUGCGGCGCAACCGAAGAGCAGACGGCACAAGCAUGCACGAUGGCAACCGCUCGCUACUAUCGUGAUGUGUCCGCGAUACCAGCGACGACACUGGUCACGGCUGCAUGUGGCAGCGGCAUCACCAGUGGUUGUUGCACUGUAGCGAUGCGUUCCUCAUCCGCUACGCUUGACCUUAACUCUAAUCCGCUCAACAACAACAGCAACUGCAAUAGCAAUUUGAGUAAUUCGCAUUCUUCUACACCUCCCCCAGACUCAAGCCGUCUUAGCAUGUUGGCCAGAAUGAACAGUGACAAUGGACGUACCAGCGACGAGCAGCCAGCCAACAGCAAAGAUCAGCAACAGCAACAGCAGCAGCAUUUGGGUGGCAGCAAACGGAACAAGCGUUCGCUUAGCUCCACACGCAUCGAGAAGGACAAAUGCGAUGAGUAUAAUACGAAAUUGCUGCGCAAGACGAGUGUUGCAGCUGCAGCUGCUGCAGCUACAGCAGCAGCAGCAGCAGCCGCCGCCACUUCAACAAUGAGUAAAAGCAACAAUAACACCAACAGCAACAACAAUAAUACUAAUAGUAAUCAUAAUCUGAAUAGUAAUAAUAAUAAUAACAAUAGCGGCAGCAGUGGGAGUUUCAGGCUAUCGCGUCGAAUCUUUGCUGAAUCAGGUUCAUCAGCCUCAACCUCGGCCUCCAACUCUGGCAUACCGACACCGACGCAGCCGCCAACGUUGCCCUGGCAGCAGCAUCAGCCUCAUCAUCCGCGUGUAUCCAGUCGCCUGACCACGGAGCGUGAGCAACAACAGCAUCUAAAGCUGCGCAAGAAGAUUAGCUACUAAAUGACAUAGCCGCAGCUAACUGCAGCAGCUACUGCAAUUGUUAUUGUUAAUACCUAUUUUGUAAAGCAAAUUUUGUAGUAUUAAUAGUAAAAUUUACACAUUCGAGACCCACA